GACCCCGUAUUUGACUUGAUAUGUUUCUACAGAGUUAAUUAUUUGUGUUUGUGAAAUACAACAUCGGAAUCUCACGAAGUGCCGCUUAUAUAAUGUAAUUACAUGACGGAUAAUUAGCCCGACAUGUUAUUUCUACUGCUCGUAUUCCUGUCAUCGUCAGAUGCUGUAACACUGACCGGGUCGUCUGAGUACGCUGUCCCCGGGAGUGAGUUUACACUGAGGUGUGACGUACCAGAGGAAGCAAGCCAAGUCGAGUUGCACCGCCGCGAUGACGUAACUGCUAUACAAGGUAGUAUACAAGUACGUGAUGGUCAGUGCUACAACACCUCUACUACUACUCCUGUCCUCUGUAGCCCGGCUAUCUGUUCCUGUACUACCACCCCGACUGACUAUGGUACAGAGUUCCAGUGGAUCAUACAGCCACAGACAUUGGACCUUGGAUCUCUGUGGUAUUGUAUUCGUGUCAACGUAAGGCUACCUGAUGCUGACCGGGUCGUAAACAGUCCUGACUAUGCACUUAGCGUGGCAGGUGGUCCACGAACUGUUAGACUGUCCCCACCGGCCAUUACUUACACCAGGACUGACGGGGAUAUGCUACCGGACAUCACCUGUACAGCUUACUGUAUACCUGGCUGUGCAUUUGUCUGGACUAAACCUGACAACACCAACUUUACUGCCUCAGCUGUGUUAUCACUGGGACAACUGGACAGAUCAGAACAGGGAACAUACAUAUGUACUGUUUGUAAUAUCUACGGAUAUUCAACUAUAUCAGCUGUGGUGACAGUACAGUACGGUCCUGAUACUGUUACCCUAUCCCCACCUGACACUUUCUACACCAGGAAUGAGGGGGACACGUUGCCGGACAUCACCUGUACAGCUGGCUGUAGACCUGGCUGUACCUUUGUCUGGACAAAACUUGAUUACACCAACCUUCCUGCCUCGGCUGUGUUGUCACUGAGACAACUGGACAGAUCAGAACACGGAACAUACAGAUGUACGGCUAGGAAUGUUGUCAGGGAGUUGACCACAGCCAUAAGUGUAACUAUAUUAUAUGGUCCUUCAAAUGUGAGUUUGACCCCGUCGACCACAUCCUACACUCCAAUAGAGGGACAUACUCUCCCUACCGUCACGUGUUCGUCUGACUGUAACCCAGUCUGUACCUACAGCUGGACAAAGGAUGGACAGUCCCACACAACAGGGUCAGAUUUACAGCCCACCGAUAUAGUACGUGGUCAGACGGGCGUGUACAGGUGUAUGGCCAGUAAUAUAUACGGGAGUCGGACAUCUAGUGACGUCAGUGUUACUGUAAACUAUGGGCCAGGAGACAGCCUAACGUUCGAACCGAUGCAAGAUGUAGUAGAGAGGUUUGAAAACCAGACUGUCCCAAACAUAAAAUGCUUUGCUGACUGUAUACCCCCAUGUACGUAUAGCUGGUCCAAAUCAGGUAAAGUUCGUCCAAAUCCACUGUCUCUGUCGAAGGUCACGAGGAACAACGCUGGAACAUACACGUGUACAGCUAACAACAUCAUCAGCCGAGGAACAAAAAGCUGGCAACUAAUCGUCAAAUUUCCUCCUGAAAUAGACAGCCUUGAUUACAACCAAUGA